AUAGUCACAAAAAUUAGGACAACAAAGACAAAUUCUAAAUGCCAUUCCCAUUAUUAACCAGAAAAAAAAAAUGUUGUCUGUCUCGGCUUAUCCCUUUCCAUAUGUCAACUGUGAGGCCAUGAUUUUCCUUGAAAGUCGAAAGUAACACGACCAUGGCCUCAUGAAGACAACACUUUCUCAGUGCCAUGAAGAUGAAUAGGGUAGAACUCCAUCAACAUCACCAAGACUUCGAAGUUUUGAAAGCCGUUGCACAGGCCUGGUACAGCCACUCAGGCUCUUCCAAGCCCAUGUCUGAAUUUGACGUACAUCGAAGAAAUUUCAAAGGCAAACCUUCAAGGUUUAUGCUUGAAGCACUGAGAAAGCCUCCAUCAUCUUCUUGGGACACUCAUUGGGAUUUUAAGCAGUCACUCUGGGACUCCUAUGAGCUUGUCACUGUGUCCAGAAGAUUAGAGACUGGCUUGUUGGCUUUAGAUAACCCUUUUGAUGACUUUUAUGGUUCCACUUCUAUCCAACUAAGGCGUAAGCCUGAGAGUAAGAAUAGCCUCAGGAAUCUGUUCAAUUUUAUGUCUUCUAGGCGAUUUAAUGCCCCCAAAAUUCCACACGAAAAUAAUACAUGACUUUCAUUUUCUUUUAUUAAAACACCCACCUUCACCACUUUCAUUUACUCUUAAUUUUUUCAACAUGCAUCCUGAAUUUACUUAAUGACAGAUUUUUGUUUUUGUCUAAUAAGCAUUCGGUUUGAUUUUGUUCCAUGUGAAGGAUGUAUAAGGAUAUUGACUAUUGACACUCACAAGGCACAAGAAGUAGAAAUAAAGAAUAAUAA